CUCCACUACCAAACAAUUAACCCCCUCUCUCCUCUCAUCUCUCUUCUUCUCCUUUCUCUCUCUAUUCUGGUGCUUCGGCUUCAAAACCCUAAAAAUAUCUAUUGAUCGUCAACACCGGACCCGGAUACCAGUCCGAUCCGAUCCCCAUUAAGACACUCUUCCUUCCUUUCCGAGCGAGGGGGUUGCAGAAGAUUGGAAAGGAAGGGGAGGGAGAAGAAUCGAGAGGUGAAGCUGAAGGAGGAGAGGAGGAGGCGAAAUGUAUAAGAACCAGCUGCAGGAGCUGGCGCAGCGGAGCUGCUUCAACCUGCCUUCGUACACCUGUAUAAGGGAGGGUCCGGACCACGCGCCGCGGUUCAAGGCUACUGUGAACUUCAAUGGGGAGAUCUUUGAGAGUCCUCAUUACUGCACUACUCUCCGACAGGCUGAGCACUCUGCCGCCGAGGUCGCUCUCAACUCCCUCUCCAAUCGUGGCCCUUCUCACUCUCUCGCAGCUCGCAUUCUGGAUGAGACAGGGGUUUACAAGAACCUUUUACAGGAAAUUGCACAACGAGUUGGUGCUCCAUUGCCACAAUACACAACAUUCAGGUCAGGCCUUGGUCACCUUCCGGUAUUUACAGGGAAAGUGGAAUUGGCUGGAAUCACAUUCACUGGGGAACCUGCUAAGAAUAAGAAACAAGCAGAGAAGAAUUCGGCUAUGGCAGCUUGGACAUCUCUUAAACAAUUGGCAAAGGAAGCUGCUGCAAGUUCUUCAUCUGAAGUGGAGAACAACGACGAGCUAGAACAGAUCACUAUUGCUCGGGCGUUGCUGAAUUACCGAUUGAAGGAAAAGAUAGCAAUGGGGAAUUCCUCUAAUGGCCCACUACCAUUUUCAAGGAAAUUUCCUGUUCAGAGUCCCAGACCUACAAGCCCACAGCCUCCCCCUGCUCUUACAUCAAAAAUCCUUCCACUAAUAUGCCCAAGGACAGCUCCUCGGUCAAGAUCAUCGUCAACAACAGCAAAUGAUAGGCAUGUUUCGUCAUUACAUUUGCCCACUCAGGAUGUCCGUGGGAUUCGCCCUCAGAAGUUCCCUGCCGUUGGAGCAGCUCCAUAUGUUCCCAUCCUACAAGCUAGGACUUCUUGCCAUGGUGUUGCUCCUCCAGUGACCAUAAGGACUGCUGUGCCUGUUUUCUCAGCACCUCCACUCCCGCCACCAUCUGCCCUUCCUCAUCAGGCAAUGCGGCCUGCUCCUGUUCGAAUUGCUCCACCUGUCAAUAUCAGGCACGCUGUGCCAGCAUAUGCUGCUCCAAUUUCUAGAAAAGAAGAUACUCAAUCUAUUCAAAAGGACGAUCCUCAACCAACUAAAGUAGAAGAGACUAAGUUGCCAAGUACACCUGACGUCACAGCUAAAGCAGAAGAGGCUCCAGCGACCAUUCCUACUGCUAUUCCGAGCAUACCUCCAGCUCAAGUGGGGGAAACCAAGAGUGCAACUAGAAACAACCAACGAGAAUCUGAGAGCGCGACUGGAGACAAGCGGCUAGAAUCUCAAACAGUGCACAGCCUGGAAAAACUCAAAAUCUAAUCGCAGGGUUGGUGAGGAUAUGAAAAUAUGGGAGACGAAUGUAUGCUUUUUUGUUUGUACUAGGUUUGUUUCGUAAUCUACCUGGAAUGUUUCAUCUUAUCUUUUCUCUUUCUUUCUUUUUUUGUCUUUUGGAUUUUCAUUUUUCUUUGUGAGAAGUUGUAGCUGCCGAUUGAGUGAUUGGUUAAAUCAGUAUCAGUAGUUCUAUAUUCUA